AUGGGAAUCUUGUCACGCAGUCCAACUCAUAGUAGAAGAUCAGAAGAUAAUGGCAUGAAGCUUCUUGCAACUGCUUUGUUUGCUACAGCUUUUGGCAUUCUCCUUGGUCUAUCAUUUCCAUCUUUAUGGAUCACUAAGGCGAAUCUACCAAGAAACCUUCUUCGUUCCUUUGCUAUCUCAAAUGGACAUUCAGAUAUUGCAGCACUUGUACAUGCCAUUGAUAUCUUAAAGAUAUGGGUUCCUUCAAAUCCUAAAGGCGCCGAGAGAUUGCCACCGGGUAUUAUUGCAUCCGAAUCAGACUUAUACAUGCGAAGGUUAUGGGGAAACCCUGAAGAGGAUUUGAAGAAGAAACCGAGAUAUCUAGUAACAUUUACUGUGGGCUAUAAACAAAGACACAAUAUAGAUGCAUGUGUUAAGAAGUUUUCAGACAACUUUACCAUUGUUCUGUUUCAUUACGAUGGGAGAACAAGUGAGUGGGAUGAUGAGUUUGAGUGGUCGAAGAAUGUUAUACACAUUAGUGUUAAGAAGCAGACAAAAUGGUGGUAUGCAAAGAGAUUCUUGCACCCUGACAUUGUAGCGCGAUACGAUUAUAUAUUCAUGUGGGAUGAAGAUCUUGGAGUCGAUCACUUUGACGCAGAAGAAUACGUACACAUGGUCAAGAAGCAUGGCCUUGAGAUUUCACAGCCUGGUUUGGACCCAGAGAAAGGGUGUACAUGGCAAAUCACUAAAAAAAGAGAGCAUGUUGAAGUCCAUAAGGAAACAGAUGAGAAACUCGAAUGGUGCUCUAAUCCUCCUCGGCCUCCAUGUGCUGCAUUUGUGGAGAUAAUGGCUCCUGUAUUCUCAAGAGAUGCGUGGCGCUGUGUGUGGCAUAUGAUUCAAAAUGAUUUGGUUCAUGGUUGGGGUCUUGACUUUGCACUCAGAAGAUGUGUUCAGGAGCCUGCUUAUGAGAAGAUAGGAAUAGUAGACACUCAGUGGAUCGUUCAUCAAUUUAUACCUUCCCUUGGCAGUCAGGGAAAGGAAGAAGAUGGGAAAUCGCCAUGGCAAGGGGUGAGGGAUAGAUGUCAUAUGGAAUGGAAAAUGUUCGAGAGGAGAGUGGAUGAGGCAGAGAAGGAAUAUUUUAAAUCGUUACAAGUUCAAACCCCAUCCAACUCAACUACAUUGCACUAGGACCUUACCCUUUUUUUUGUAGCUGUGAGAUUUUAAGUGCUUCUUCUCAACAUUUACAUACAAUCUUUAUAGAUAAUCUAAUAUAGAUAUACCUUUAAUAAGAUUCUGUUACAUCGUUGAAAGAGGAUUCAAUCACUUUUGCAAACAAAAAAAAAGAAUGUCGAGGAUUAUCAAAUCAUGUUGUGUUUGUGUGUCUUGGUGGGUUUAAAGAGCAAGAAAGAAGUGUGAGUGAAUUGGUUUCUUGCAAGCAUUUCUUCCACGGAACAUGUCUUGACAACUUGUUUAGCAAUAACCACACGACUUGUCCUCUUUGCAGUCCAU